UAAACUUGUGCCUGACAGUCUUUGCGGAAACAGGUAUCAGUGCCUUGCCUGGCGGUAUACAAAGUGGCUCGCCUUCCUCACUCUCCCAACCCUCUCCAUCUUAAUUACUGCCGUCCUUAGUUACAGCUCAAUCUCGCGAUCUCUUGCAUCUUAUCCACUGAGAAAAAGUUAUUUCUCGCCACUGGAGUUUGAUAUAUGGUCGAACGUAUCCUGUUCUUAGCGUGUGUGAUUGCCUCGCUUUUGUUAAUGUUGAUGAGGAAGAUGAUGUCAGGUGGUAGGCACUGAUUGUGUGGGAUCCAUUGUUUACAGGCAUCAACCACGAAGUUAAAUGGGCCUCAGUCCUGUAGUAGACUAAUAAUACUAAGACCUUAAAGUUUUUCACCAUGGUGACAAGAUAUACGAUAGACCAGAUACUAUCUUAUGCCCACAAGAGGUCCACCUCUCCCUACAGCACAACACAAUCGCCACCCACCACCUCGUCUUCCACCUUUACUCCGGGUUCAUCAGCGGCUUCUUCGCCAGUAGUUGAGCUGGACAGCCAAUCACGGGUCACGAACAACACAGAUACGUACAAGGACUCGACAUAUGCUAGUGUUAGGCUUGUCACAGACGGGAAGACGACGGAGGACGACAGUAAAGAGAAGGAAGAUAAAAACGUCUCUAGCAAUAUAGACAGAGAGAAUGACUUCCCAGUCUUGGCUAGACCAGUGGCUCUCAGACCCGACACAGGUCUGCACGAGAGGUUUUCCAUGGAGACCGUCGCUAGGGAUUUCAACACGAGCUUGAGGCCUGACUUGCUGUAUGGUGGCGCUGGCUGUGACAUGAUGAAUGGUCUGGGUGCUGGAGGUGGAUUUUACAGCCUGAUGCUGCAGAAAUAUAUGGAAGCUCAUUACCGCAGCCUCGCUGCCUCCAGGACAUACUUGCCUCUCUCCUACUCUGUCUUAGACUCAGGAGUGGGUUACCCUGUGGGUCGAUCACGUCGACGAGGUGGGCAGGUGAGAUUCACAGCUAGCCAGACCCGGGAGCUGGAGUCUUACUUCAGACGUCACAAGUACAUCACUCCCUCACAGAGGAAGGACAUCGCUAGGGAGCUUAACCUGCAGGAGCGUCAGGUCAAGACUUGGUUCCAGAACAGAAGAGCCAAGUGGAGGAAGAUGCAGGCUCAGAGUAGCGACGCAGCUCGUCUUGAAACCUCACCAUCUCCCAGUACAUCCCAAGACGACAGUGAAGACGACAUGGACGACGAAAACCAGGUCAAGACUACGAACGACAAGCAUCAGGUCGUCAAGAGUCCCAAGGGCGACCACAACACCCACCUGAGCGACAAAGCCGAUGGAAAAUCGGCUGUCAGGAGGGAAUCGGGUACAACCCCAACCCACAACACCAAAUAAGCAACAUAGUCUUAAGAUCAAUGAGAAGUAUAUAAGACUAGGUGAAGAAUUAGACACAUGUGCAACAUCUGGGUAUCUUUAUUGUAGACGUUUCGCCAUCCAGUGGCUUUAUCAAUACAAAUUCAAGGACAUAAUGGUAAGACAGUAGAACUAUAUACAAAAGAUGAGGUAAUCUGUCCCUCAACGUGGACUUGGUGAAGACUACCAUAGUCUUGAAGACUCAGAAGCGUCUGAAGACUCUUCAAGACUACGAUAGUCUUCACCAACUCCAACUUAUGUAAGACACAUAUGCAACAGUUAGGAAUCUUUAUUUCGAAACGUUUCGCCUACACAGUAGGCUUCUUCAGUCGAGUACAGAAAAGUUGACAGAAGCAGAAGAUACUUGAAGACGAUGUAAUCAGUCCAUCACCCUUAAAGUUUUGAGGUGGUCAGUCCCUCAGUCUGGAGAAGAGCAUUAUUCCAUAGUAUGAAACAAUAUAUUGUUUCAUGGACUGAUUACAUCGUCUUCUGUAUUGAUAAAGCCACUGGAGGGCGAAACGUCUUCAAUAAAGAUACCCAGAUGUUUCACAUGUGAUUAAUUCUCCAUCUUGUCGGUACUGUCUAUUAUUCAGAGGUACCAAGGGAAGUAAAUUUUGACGUAGAUUUGGGACAAACUGAUGCAGAGUUUAAUGUUAAUUGCUAAGAAGAAACGUGAAUAAUUGUUGACAAAUUUUUGAGUUUGGGGCUACAAGACAAGACUUCAAGGUGCAAGUGUCCGUAAAGGACGUCAAUUUUUUAUUCUCAGUGAAUAAAAAAAAUUCAUCUCUGCUGCGUGUGGUGAUAUUAUUAUUAUUAUUAUUAUUAUUAUUAUUAUUAUUAU